CAUGUGCAGCGCUGUCUCUCUGAAGUUCGAUUGCACCACACCUCUGGCCGUUCUUCUCUACGCUAUAUCAUUCCGUCUUCUUCAGACGACCAAAUUGUGCCACCCUAAAAUCAUUCAAACAACAAGUAAGUACUAUUAUGUCUUUAUAAAUCUUUGUAGAGCUUGAUGCGCAUCAAUCUAAACAGCAUAAUUAACUGUCUCAAUCGUCAUGCUUUUGCUAGCAUCGUUAGUAUUUUCAAGCCUCUCCAGCAAGGACAGUCAAAUAAGUAGCCAUGCUAGUUGGUAAUGGUAAUUUACAUCCUAAUGUCCCUGAAUAUCAGGCACUGGUCAUUAUUGCAACGCUACUUGUCUGGCAUUACUCCAGUACUUUCCAUAAGUCGAUCUAUUUGGUAAGUUGAAUUGGUAGUUAGCUAGCUAAUAUUACAGCUUUUGAUUUGAGCUAGUUAGUUAAUGCAUUGGUUCUUGCAUAGCUAAUGUUAAUUGUUUUCACGUUCAUUUAGAUAUUGUCAUGUGCUCUAUUCUUAAUUCAAUAAUGAUAGAUGGCUAAAAAAUUUACGUUAAUGUUGACUCAUGUCAUCAUGACAUGCUAACUAUCCCUAAAAUAUAUUUGGUCACCAUCACAACUAGGCCUAAUUCCAAAAGAUUACUAAACCUAUCUAGAAAAAAAGAAAGUUCACUCAAUCUGCAUUUUUCUCAGUCAGAAUGAUAUAAAACUACAUACAGGCGUGAAACAUGAACGCAGUCCCAGUCUUGUGUCAACAUCCUUUUUUCUAAAUGCCUAUCCAAAAUCAAUUUGGAAUAGCUAGUAAAUGGCUACCUCGGGGCUGCAAUAUAAAUGUUUGUCGUAUGUAACUUUAUUUGACAAAUAAUGCUUGUGCUGGGCAUUUUUAGUACAAGUACACUUUUAAUUCCUUCAGUAGUUCAUUCAUUGAGGUAAGGCAUUUACUGCGCAAACGCCGUAGGCUGUGCGAUUUUGACCUUGUGACGCAUGACCUGAGCACACGUGGGGAGAAUCAGGAGAAGACCGGUUCGAGACAUUUAUCAGUCACGAUGUAGCAAAUUUCAGCAAACGCACCAUCACAGAAAUAAUUAACGAUUCCAAAUGAACGUCUCAGAUUAUUAAUUUGUAAUCAGAGAUGCACAACCCAGUGCAAUAGCGUGCUGGAAAUGGAAUCAGGUCGCUAAAGUACCCUCCUUAUGCUACUUGUUCUCAGGACCUUGAGAAAUGUGCAUAAUGUUGUCCUCAGCCCUUGAUUUGGGUUAUAUAGACCAAGAAAUUCUGCCAAAAUGUAGGCUAAUUUAUGAUAGACUACUGUGACAGUUUAUUCAGAUUCCGUCCUUUUGACGUGUUCCCGUUGAGACUAUCAUGAUCUACUAAAUAAGAUUGAUAUUUUCUUUCUUUCUGCGAGAUUUACAUUUACAUUUUCGUCAUUUAGCAGACUCUCUUAUCCAGAGCGACUUCAAACACAUUUGCUUGUGGUCUUGCUCAUGUCCUUUUUGUCCUUGAGAUUUUCAGGGGUAUUUCAUCAUGGGUAUACCAUCAUUCAUUUCAUCAUGGGCGGCGCACAAUUGGCCCAGCGUCGUCCAGGGUAGGGGAGGGAAUGGCCGGCAGGGAUGUAGCUCAGUUGCUAGAGCAUGGCGUUUGCAACGCCAGGGUUGUGGGUUUGAUUCCCACGGGGGGCCAGUAUAAAAAAAUAUGUAUUCACUAACUGUAAGUCGCUCUGGAUAAGAGCGUCUGCUAAAUGACUUAAAUGUAAUUCAUUUAUUAAUUAUUGCUGUACCAUGAACGGCCAAUAGGUUGUACUGUAUAGCUUGUUUUGUCACUUCCAGACAUUGUCAUUAUGUGACAUAUGGGCCGGGGGAGGGGGUAGAAGGUGUCUUAGGAAUGAUCCAGAAGGUUCAUUUGUUACAGGGCAAAUAUGGACUCUUGUUUGCUACUUUGAGAUAUUACCAACAAUUUAACUGUAUAUUAAAAUGAAGACAAGAUAGCCAACAGCUGUUGAUACAAGACACAUGUUAUUUGAGUUGACUAUGAUGUAUUAAAUAAAGUGCAUUGGCUGCUCUGUGACUGAAUGAAUGAUUGGUAAUUGUGGGCCCUAUGUCAUUUCAAUUUUUUUCUUUAUCGGCCCCCCACCCCUCCAGAGAUGCUGCGUCUACCCACAGUGAUGAGACAGAUGAGGCCAGUCUGCAGGGCCCUGGCCCCCCACCUCACCCGAGCCUAUGCCAAGGACGUCAAGUUUGGAGCCGAUGCUCGGGCCAUGAUGCUGAAGGGAGUGGAUCUGCUGGCUGAUGCUGUCGCCGUCACCAUGGGACCCAAGGUAGGAGGAGGGCGUUGCUAUGACUACACCUUCUGGUAUUGGGGUGCCAAAUAAAAUAUAUACAAUUCUGUAAGAUUUAAAUUUCACCCAGAUUUUGUGGGAUGUAUGAAAUUGCUAAGUAUAACCAAUUAAUUAUUGUUCCACUUUUUAUUUGAAUCUUAUUUAUGCCCGAAGAACCCUGUGCACCACGGUGUGUCUUGUUCCAGGUGCCGGUUCGGCCAGGAACAACUGAACACAAGUGUUACAAGUGUUUUGAGCUGUAUCCUUUGCCGCAUCCCUGCAGGGUCGUACAGUCAUCAUUGAGCAGAGCUGGGGCAGCCCCAAGGUGACCAAGGACGGCGUCACUGUAGCCAAGGCCAUCGACCUGAAGUGCAAGUACCAGAACAUCGGUGCCAAGCUGGUCCAGGAUGUGGCCAACAAUACUAACGAGGAAGCAGGAGAUGGCACCACCACCGCCACUGUGCUGGCCAGAGCCAUCGCCAAGGAGGGCUUUGACACCAUCAGUAAAGGAGCUAACCCUGUGGAGAUCCGCCGGGGCGUCAUGCUGGCUGUGGAGACCGUCAUUGCUGAGCUGAAGAGGAUGUCUAAGCCAGUCACCACACCUGAGGAGAUUGCCCAGGUAACCAAUUCUGUUAAGAAUAUGGAUUGAUCAAAUAAGUCAAUAUUCUCAUAAAUUCAUAUCUAUUCAAAUAAUUAUUUAAUAGAGAUGGAUGCAAUAUUUAUAUUAUAUCCUUUUUGAUGGUGAAUGUCAAGUUUUCAAUGAUCUGUGUUCUGUCUGCUAGGUGGCCACCAUCUCUGCUAAUGGAGACGUGGAGAUCGGCACCAUCAUCUCCAAUGCCAUGAAGAAAGUGGGCCGCAAGGGAGUCAUCACUGUCAAGGAUGGCAAAACCCUGCAUGAUGAGCUGGAGAUCAUUGAGGGGCUGAAGUUCGACCGAGGAUACAUCUCCCCUUACUUCAUCAACUCAGCCAAAGGUAAGGUCCCGUCUCUGCCAUGACCCCACCGCCAAGCCCAGCUAUUUUGGGGCUUUAAGAUGAAAAUAUGCUCUACAGAUAUAAUGGAUUUUUAUGAUCUUGAUGCUCCACAUAUGGCCAUUUUGGAGCUUUUACAUGACCUUUCUCCCUCAUCUCUGCCCCUCAGGCCAGAAGUGUGAGUUCCAGGAUGCCUAUGUGUUGCUGAGUGAGAAGAAGAUCUCUACUGUCCAGAGCAUCGUCCCUGCCCUGGAAUUGGCCAACCAGCACCGCAAACCUCUGGUCAUCGUGGCCGAGGACGUGGACGGAGAGGCCCUCAGCACCCUGGUUCUCAACAGGUCAGUUCCUUGUUCCUUUAGCACCCUCUGUCUCAGAGUAGCAGUUCUGAUCUGGGAUCAGUUUGGGAUUUUAGAUCAUAAUUCUAUGCACAGAGGGACAUGAUCCUAGAUAAGCAAUCCUGCUCAGACUCUUUGUGAAUAGAGGCCCUGGUCCUCAACAGGCCAGUCUGUCCUUUAUUUAACCAGUAAACACCCUUGAGGUUAAGGACCUGUUUUUAAGGACCUUUCCAACACUGACUGAGCACCUGGGCCAAUGGGACACAACCAGCUCACAUGCCUACACUGAUAUAUAACUCCAACAUCAUUCAGCUCUGGGUAUUUAUUUAUAACUGAAGAGUCAACCUCAAAAUAAAGCUGAAGACAAUUUUGUUAUUCCUGCCCUCUUUCUAUGUGUAGAUGCUGGGUGGUGUCAGUUUGAGUGUGUUAUAUUAACCUCUACUCUGUCUUUAGGCUGAAGGUGGGACUACAGGUGGUGGCAGUCAAGGCCCCAGGCUUUGGAGACAACAGGAAGGCCCAGCUGCACGACAUCGCCGUCGCCACCGGGGGCACUGUAAGCACACUUUACACUAAUCACCCUAUACGAACAUCAAUCCAUUUCUACUGUAAGAACACUUUACACUGUAACCACCCAUACUUCUAUCAGUCAAUCACUACUUGGGAAAAGGAAUAGGGGAAAGCAGGAUAAGUUACAGUACAGCUUGUUCAGUGCUGUUCUGUCGUUCCCCCUGCACACAGAAACAUGUCUCCUACUAUCCCUGUCUGUCAGCAUCCCACGGCAGGCAGGGACGCUUGGUUUCAGACACUUCUGCACUGGUGUGAUUCACCAAUCAAUGACUAGAAAUGUUGCAUAGUCUUGCUUAUCCCAUGGUUAAGGGUUUAACUCGGGACGGAAUGGCCCUGUUCUAAUCAUGGUAAAGUGCACCCUCCAUCCCUCUCUUGAAAGAUGGACGCCAUUUUGAAAUAUUCUAUCAAGGCCAAUGACUACCUGUUCGAAUCCUGCCCUUCCUUUACUGAGAUCCCUCCUCGCUCUUCCUCAGGUGUUUGGUGACGAGGCGGUGGGCAUUGCCCUGGAGGACAUCCAGGCCCAUGACUUUGGCCAGGUGGGCGAGGUGUCAGUGACCAAGGACGACACCAUGCUGCUGAAGGGUAAGGGAGACACGGCGGCCAUCGAGAAGAGGCAGGCUCAGAUCGCUGAGCAGCUGGAGAACACCACCAGCGACUACGAGAAGGAGAAGCUCAGCGAGAGGCUGGCCAAGCUGUCUGACGGAGUGGCUGUGCUCAAGGUCAGAGGAGAAGGGGGGGCUGUAUGGAGGGGGACAUGAUUGAAGAGGGAGAUCUUAAGAAAAGGGAUAGAUGGCAGUAUGAUUUCAUUACAUUUGUUUAGUCCUUUUUAAUGUCCCUGAAUAUUGUCAAAGUUUUGUCCAGCCUUAUGAAAUAAGCCUAGACUAUACCCAAUGGGCUGGCGAUUCAUUUCUCAUCACUCAUUUUGAUAAAACGUAUACUAAAAACUUGGAAAUCAGUCAAUCCGCCAUCAUUAACACAAUGGAAAAAUCAAAUGAUUUAUUAUUUAAAUAUUGAAGUGGCAUGGGCGACUGGGAAAAAUAAAUGGAUACAAUUUAAGGCCAAGUGGCAAACAAUAAUGCAUGUGGGUCUGGGCAGAUGAAAUGUAGUUCGUGUGCGUCUGUAAGUUGUUUGUAUGUAUAAGCUUUGUGUAUGGAGUAAAAAUACAAAAAUAAAUAAGGUAGGAUGAGUUGACAUUAGGAGAUUCCUACUCUGAGACAGGAUUUACAUUUGCUUCUGUAUCCACCAUGCAUGAAAGAGAAAGUGUCACCCACUGACUGUUUUGUUUCAGGUGGGAGGAACGAGUGAUGUGGAGGUGAAUGAGAAGAAGGACCGUGUGACCGACGCCCUGAAUGCCACCAGGGCCGCUGUGGAGGAGGGCAUCGUGCCCGGGGGUGGCUGUGCCCUGCUGCGCUCAAUCCCUGCACUGGAUGCCCUUGUGCCCAUCAACGCUGACCAGAAGAUUGGUAAGUAGAGUUCCUAUUCUUGAUCUUUACCUAACAUGCCAAAAGGUUUUCAUCUGGUCACAUGGGAGUGGCGGGAUAUGUUCCAUUUUCCUUUUGGGCAGAUAAGUAUUGUAGCUUAACUUGGUAUAUCGCUUCCUCUCUAUAGGAAUUGACAUCAUCAGACGAGCCCUGCGUGUGCCAGCCAUGACAAUUGCUAAGAACGCUGGUGUGGAGGGCUCUCUAGUGGUAGAGAAGAUCCUUCAGGCCGCGGUGGAGAUCGGCUAUGAUGCCAUGGAGGGAGAGUACGUCAACAUGGUAGAGAAGGGUAUCAUCGACCCCACCAAGGUAUGCAUGCUUCAGCUCGGCACUACACUGUCAUUUCGCUGUCAUUCACCCAGCAUACCAAAAAGAUGAAGACUGGUUCAUUUUAUAGUGAUGGGAAAUGUACAGCACUAAUGUUGGCAAAGUUAUAUGAAUUUGAAUUCAUACAAGAUUAAUUAAUUGCUGCAAUAAGGUUUUCUACUUGCAUUACGGUGUAUGCUUUGGCUAGACUGAAGUUGCGUAGACAGAAAAUGGCUGAUACUAAAGUGCUCUUGCUCCCUCCUGGUGUAUGUCAGUAUUACAACAAGGACUGAGUCUGUCUCCCCCUACAGGUGGUGAGGACUGCACUAAUGGAUGCUGCAGGUGUUGCAUCCCUGCUCUCCACCGCUGAGUGUGUGGUCACAGAGCUGCCCAAGGAUGAGAAAGAGGGUGGCACGCCAGGAGGCAUGGGUGGAAUGGGAGGCAUGGGAGGAAUGGGUGGUGGCAUGUUCUAAGGCCCACCUCAAAGCGCUGUACAGACUUAAUGGCAGCGUGGGGCUCGGGGGCAAAUUGUUCCUCCAACCCCCAGACUUGCCCAAACUGACUGGCCGUGAGUUUUGUUGGAGCUGCAAAUGGAUGAACCACACUAUUUCUGCUGAUUGUCUCCCCUCCACCCUCUGGAAGACCAGACCAGCCUGUCCUCGCUCAGCCUCUCGCCGUCCCUCUACCCCUCUGAAUGACCAGACCAGCCUGUCCUUGCUCAGCCUCUCUCCGUCCCUCUACCCAUCUGACUGAGGCUCUGAUAAACCCCAGUCUGCCCCGAUGAUGCCCCCCC